AUGCGACGAGUCAAAAAGUCACGCAACGGCUGCGCGCGAUGCAAAAGCAAGAGGGUCAGUGCUUCCCCGGAUCCGACCGAUCCAUCUAACUCGUCACAGGUCAAAUGCGGAGAAGAGAAACCGCAUUGCAGCCGUUGUACUCGCUUAGGUGUUCGAUGUCCCGGCUAUGUCCAGUCUCUACGCUGGGUCACCAAGCAUGAGCAGCCCAGUCCCGACGCAUCUGAUGGGAAACCUAUGAGUCCGGGUGCCGAGAGAACUCCGCUACAACUAAGUGAUCCGAUAGAGGAUGUGCUGCCGCUAGAUGACGAUGUGCUGCCGCUAGAUGACGCUAAUGCUCAUCCAUCACAUAAUAAUGAGCCUCAAGGGUUCGGGUUAGAUGAUGGUUCGAAUGCCCUUGAUAACCUGUGGGAUUUGAGGGGCAAUGCCUCACUGCCAGAACUGGCCGAUCUAUGUCCGCCGUCUCCUUUACCGGGGACGGGCUUCUUGCAGCGAAAUUCGCCAUUUGACUUUGCGUCUGGAGACACAGCGGUGGAUCUGUCUCGGUUCUUGUCUUUGAUUGGCCCCAAUGGGGAGGAAGAACAGCAUAGCAGCGUGUAUCAAGACUUUUCGCCUUCGGCCAUCGUGCGCAGUUACCCUCCCAAAUCUCAGCGAGCUCCUCCGCGAGACUUUAUGUCCAUCUCGCGUCCGUUAAACAAUCCUUCGUGGACACUCAUUGAAUACUAUUUCAAGGAGGUCGCUGCAUUGUUCUCCAGCUACGACAGCCAAAUGAAUCCAUUCCGCACCACCGUUUCUCGUCUAUGGGGCUCAUCACUCGCCAUGUGCCGUACAAUGCAAAGUAUGGCAGCUGCAACGCUGGUCAAUGAUUUCCCGCAAUUUGGCCCUAUGGGUCGGAAGAUGCGAGACGAGGCUGUCGACAUCAUUACCCGCGAGGCAGUCAUGGACGACAAGUCCCUGCUUGCACUUCUCAUGCUCGGUCAAACUGCGAGUUGGCAUGACCCAAAAGACCUAGGGAUAUCUUUCUUCAACCUACUCCGCAAGCAGCUCAACUCCAUAUCAUCCUCUUCAGAAACCCCAACCUACGGAUUCGUCAAGAGCUGUAGUAACAACUACCGCUUCUUUGAAGAAGCUCUUAUCUACUGGGAAAUGCUCCUUUCUUUCGUGGCAGACAACGAUUCCAUGGUAUUUUCCGAGUCUCGCGCCUCAUCAUCAGGCGAACAACUCGUAUUACAACGAGUACCUCAUCCGUGGACCGGCAUCGCCAAAGAUACCCAAUUCACCGUGCACGAAGUCGGCCGCCUCGUCCGACGCGAGCGCAAACGCAUCCGCUCGCGAAACUUCACCUCCCAAGAAGACAUCACCCGCGCGCAAAUGGCAAUCGAAAAAGCUCGAGAGCUAGAAAAGCGUCUCUUAGGCCUCGCACAUCCCAGUGAAGCCGAAAUAGUCAGCCCAGGAGACGACGAAACCCCCGUCUGGCACCUACUCACUAUGGCCGAAGUCUACCGUUGCACAGGUCUAAUGCAACUAUACCGAGUCUUCCCUGAUCUCCUGCGCAACCGACUUCCAACCCAAAACACAGUUUUCUCUAACACGACCUCAAAUCGCGACCCAUUCUUCCCCAUUGAUCUAGACAGCAUGAACAUGUCCACGGGGUUUUGUAAUACUAGUCCAAGCACAACCGCCAACACCCACUCAAACCACACGCAAGCCCAUGCCUCGCCAACGCUCUCUUCCCCUCCGGAUAUCUACAACCAAGCGCCAGACGACAAGACCCCAGAAACACUUUCCAGCAACUGGCUCACUGAGUUCGCCAUGACAACCAUAUCUCGCUUAAAAACCAUCCCCCUCGAAUCCCGCACCCGCUGUCUACAACCCUUCCUCCUCGUCGCCUCAUGCAGCGAACUCCGUCUUCCCCCUCAUUCUCACAGCGAAGAUGGAAGUACCAACGAUUCCACGGAAGCACCAACUGUAUCGAUGGAAGCUAUUGAAGUCUCGCAGACACGGCGCUUCAUUCUUGGGAGGUUGACUUCCUUUUUACAUGUCCUUCCGCCGAAGCCGAUUAACGUUUGUUUAAAGCUUGUUAAGGAGGUUUGGAGGAGGAUGGAUAGGGGAGAGACGGAUGCGUAUUGGAUUGAUGUUAUGAUUGAGAAGAAGUGGGAGACUACUAUGGGGUGA